CGGGGCUGCGACCCAGAAGGGAAGUGACCAGAGCUGUUUCUCCGCUGCUCAUAAGGAAACUGGCUCUGAAAUUCUACUAUGGAUUUCUUGCCCUCGUCGGUACAUUUUAGAUAAUAUGACUUGAACCAAUCACGACAGGUCUUUUUUUUUUUUCAUUGACCUUCUGAUUGCUAAAAUAUUCUCAUAAAAAAUAGUCUAUUCGAAUAUUUGAAUUUAUGUGUUGAUGUUUGUAGAUACAGUUCUCUGGCUGUGGUGGACAGGACAAAGCUCUUCAAAUUUACGUUCAUCUACGCCAACUUUCGUGUUACACCACUUCGCUAUUCAAGAGAAUGGCACACUGAACUAGGGAUUUUGCAUUUCUAGAGCUCUUUUAUAUAUUAGUCAUGAAAUGAACGCCUGCAAAUCCGAAACUAUAUUUUUUUUGCAAACUCCAUAGAUAUGGUUGUAAACAUUAACGUUUAAAAGUAAACUUUAUUUGCCUUUAAAUUUUCAUAUGACACGUGUAUACUUUGUGAUGUAAAUAGAGCAUUUUUAAAAAGUGUCUUUGGUAGACUUGGUGGCACACACCUUUAAUCCCACCACAGGGGAGGCAGACUAGGUGGGUCUUAAAGAUUUUGAGGCUAGUCUUGUCUACCUAAUGAGUUCCAGGACAAUCACAGCUUCAUGGGGGAGACCCUGUCUCAAAAAAGGAAAGAAGAGAAAAGAAAAAAAAAAUGUGUAUUUUUCUGCUGAGUUCUUUAUGUGCAGCUUAAAGAUGGGAAAAACGCAGUAUGCUUUCUAUAGUAUUAGGUCACAGUAUUUUCACAGUUACAAAAGGUAUUAUAAGCUACAUGGUGGCGCUGGCCACGCCUUCAGUCCCAGCAUUUGGGAGGCAUACACAAGUGAUCUGGGAGUUCCUUGCCAGCCUGGUCUACAGAGCAAGUUUAAGGACAGCCUGCUCUACACAGGGAAACGUGUCUCGGGGGAGAAAAACGAAAAAAAGAAUGAAAAGGUGUUAUCGUAUAAAAUAAUCUUAGGAAGCAUCUUUUGAAUAAUUACAAUAACUCAUCUACAUCAGAAAAAUAGCUAAAGUAGCCUUUUGUCUCCUUACCUCAAGAAAAUCACUCAGCACAUGGACGCAUGAUCAAUCUUAUGUUUUGAUUCUUGAAUUUGCUUCAUUUUGAUAUAUGAACUCACUGCAUUGCUCUGUCUGCCUCCAAACUUACUAGGUAGACCAGGCUGUUCUGGAACUCAUAGAAUUCCACCCACUUGUUUUUCCCAGGUGCUAGGACUAAAGGUGUGCACCAACACAACUGUUGGAACUGAAACUGUUGGUUUUUUUAUUCUGUGGUCUGACAGUGGACUUCUCUAGGAGGAGGGGCCAUGCCUGGCGCCUGCUCAGAGGGUUUUGUACAGAGACUGGAUGUUGCAGAAUUGCAGCAUUCUAGUUUUUAUGGGCGAGACUACAUUGCUUGCAGACUCCCUUGUUCCUCCUCAGGGUGUCUUGGCAAAUUACCCUGCAAGUGUGUGACCCUUUGAGAGAUCUAAGGCUUCUAUCAAAUUGGGGCUAUGGUAAAUUCAGAAUGUCACUAGUGUAUAAUAUUCUUGUCCCAAUAAUUCAGUUCUGUUUCUGAACCUGAGUUUUGACUGAGCUGUUAUUGGAAGUGGCAUUCAAAUUACACUAACUGAAAAGGCUUUCUAAAUGUUUUCAGCAUUCUGACAUUGAUGACAAUUGGGGAAUCACUUGUAUAAUUCUGUAUUUAGUUUUCUCCUCAUCUACUGAGCACAGUGCUGUGUUAGAAAUCCAGCUGCUUUCUGAAGAAUCUCUUUCUCAUGUGCAGGGUUAACUGACCACCCAGACCUGCUCUCUUGUGCUGCAGAACAAGGAGGUCUGGAAGAUGGAGAGGGUGGAGAUUGUAGCUAAGGAUCCAGGCCAACAAGCCAUCUAUUCAUUGCUCCUGAAAGAGAAACUUAAAGAAGAGAAACAGAAAGAAAUGGCUGGUUCUCCAAUAAACAUGUCCCAGGGUCUGUUGACUUUCAGGGAUGUGACUGUGGACUUCCCUCAGGAGGAGUGGGAAUGCCUGAACUCUGCUCAGAGGGCUUUGUACAUUGAUGUCAUGUUGGAGAAUUACAGCAACCUGGUCUCUGUGGAGAACUAUUGUAAAUGUGAACCUGUCCAUCAACAAGUGAAGACUGAAAAGGAGUGUUGUCAGUGUGAUGAGCUUGGCAAAGUACUUCAUGACCCCUCCACAUGUGCACUUUAUAGAACAAGUAAAACUACAGAAAACUCUAAUAACUACAGGUGUAGUAAUCACAGUGAUGCCUCUCUUGGCUCAUCAAACCUAGAUAGACAUGAAAGCAUGCACACUGGAGAAGAACCUUGCAAACCUAAGAACUGUGAGAAAUCUUUAAAUUUGUGUUACAACAUUAAUCAAGAUCAGAGACUCUACACUGCAAAGAAAGAACAAAGGCAGGGAGAAUAUGAUGUCUAUUUUGACUCUACAUACAGUCUUUUGCAACAACCAAUCUACAUUAAAGAGAAACCAUACCAGUGUGGGAAAUGCAAGAAAUGUUUCAGUACUGCCUCAAGUCUCACUAUACAUCAGAGAAUUCAUAAUGGAAAUAAACCCUACAAAUGCAACUUUUGUGGCAAGUCCUAUAACCAGUGUGCAAAUCUUAGAAUACAUCAAAGACUUCAUACUGGGGAGAAACCUUACAAGUGCAAAGAAUGUGGAAAGUCAUUUCGACAGUCUGCAGCUCUUAAAAGCCAUCUAAAAAUACAUACUGGAGAGAAGCCUUAUAAAUGUAAGGAAUGCAACAAAUCCUUUGCCCACCAUUCCAGUUUCAGGACACAUCAAAAAAUCCAUACUGCUGAGGAACAUUGUAGUUGUCAAGAAUGUGGCAAGGUCUUUCAUCAACUUUCACACUUUAGAAGACAUUAUAGACUGCAUACUGGGGAGAAGCCUUACAAAUGCAACGAGUGUGACAGAGCAUUUACACACUAUGCAUCUCUUAGAUGGCAUCAGAAAACUCAUUCUUUAGAGAUAUUUUACAAAUGUAAAGAGUGUGAUAAGUCCUUUCUUGAAUUAUCACAUCUCAAAAGGCAUCACAGAAUCCAUACUGGUGAGAAGCCUUAUAAAUGUGACAUAUGUGACAAAUCCUUUACUGUGAACUCAACCCUUAAAACACAUCAAAAAAUUCAUACUGGAGAGAAACCUUUCAAAUGUAUGGAAUGUGACAAAUCCUUUAUCAAGUGCUCACAUCUUAGAAGACAUCAGAGUGUUCAUACUGGAGAGAAACCUUACAGAUGUAAGGAAUGUGACAAAUCUUUUCCUGAGUUCUCAACUCUUAGAGCACAUCAAAAAAUUCAUACUGGAGAGAAACUUUACAAAUGUAAGGAAUGUGACAAAUCCUUUACCCAUAACUCAUAUCUUAGAACACAUCAGAGAGUCCACACUGGAGAAAGACCUUACAGUUGUGGGGAAUGUGCCAAACCUUUUACUACAUGCUCAUAUCUUAGAGCCCAUCAGAAAAUGCAUACUGGAGAUAAACCUUACAAAUGCAAAGAUUGUGACAUGUCCUUUCUCCGGGUUUCUAGUCUUAAAAUACAUCAGAAAAUUCAUACUGGAGAGAAACCUUACAAAUGCAAAGACUGUGACAUGUCCUUUAGUCAGAUAUCAAACCUUAGAAGACAUCAAAAACUUCAUACUGGAGAAAAACCUUACAAAUGUGUGGAAUGUGACAGAUCAUUUAGCCACAUGUCAAAUCUCAGAACACAUCAGAGAGUUCAUACUGGAGAGAGACCUUACAGUUGUAAGGAAUGUGACAAAUCUUUUACUAGGUUCUCCUACCUCAGAGCACAUCAGAAAAUUCAUACUGGAGAAAAUCUUCACAAAUGCAAAGACUGUGACAUGUCUUAUAUCUAUCUUUCGAGUCUUAGAAGACAUCAGAGAGUUCACGCUGGAGAGAAAAAUACCAUUCUCAUAAUGUGACAGGGCAUUUCUCAUUAUUCUCUGCUUAUAAACCCCAACAUCAUACACAAUAGAAGCAUAAAUAUAAAAAACUGUAAAAGCCCUUAAAGAAGAUUUAAAUCUUAAAAAAGAUCAGAGUUUAUAUUAAAAUAAAAUUGUGUACUACUUGCUGUGUGAAUUUUUAAA